CUGCUUCCUCUUCUAGUUUUGUUUAGUCACAGAAUUCGAUUCCUGUUGGCCGAUUACGCGCCUACAAACAGGUUUAGCGCUCUAUUGAAAUGCGUGAGGCUUCUUAACUUCAGUAUAAACAGAAACCAGCUGUAACUUUAGGUCAGAGCGCAUUAAAAUGAGCCACUUCUGAAAGAGCAGCGCCCAGGCCCCAGGCCCUGCUGCGAAGGCCCCGGGAAAGGUCAGGGCUUCGUCCGCGUGACGUUCCUUUCUGCGCUCGCCAAGCAAUGCUCGGCUUCAGUUCAGGUAGCAGAGGUAUUAGAAGGACAGUGUGCGCCAGGUCACCCCACGGACCAGCGAUUCCUUGGCUCACUGAGGAGUUUGGAUUUGCCUCAAAGGGAACUCCAAAAAUUGAACUGAGAAAUCUCAAGCAAGCUGCCUGAACUUCCCUGUAUACUCUUCUUCUACAUCCUGUAAAGGAUCAGACAAAUCAAAUUGUUGGGUUUGGGUUUCCGCACGCCCUGGAUGCCUUUGACAUUAUGACCGCAGAGGAUUCCACCGCAGCCAUGAGCAGCGACUCCACCAUAUCCUCGGCCAAGGUGCCCGAGGGCGUGGCCGGGGCACCCAACGAGGCGGCGCUGCUGGCGCUGAUGGAGCGCACGGGCUACAGCAUGGUGCAGGAGAACGGGCAGCGCAAGUAUGGCGGCCCGCCGCCUGGCUGGGACGGGCCGCACCCGCAGCGCGGCUGCGAGGUCUUCGUGGGCAAGAUCCCGCGUGACGUGUACGAGGACGAGCUGGUGCCGGUGUUCGAGGCCGUGGGCCGCAUCUACGAGCUGCGCCUCAUGAUGGACUUCGAUGGCAAGAACCGCGGCUACGCCUUCGUCAUGUACUGCCACAAGCACGAGGCUAAGCGCGCUGUGCGCGAGCUCAACAACUACGAGAUCCGCCCGGGACGCCUGCUUGGCGUGUGCUGCAGCGUUGACAACUGCCGCCUCUUCAUCGGCGGCAUCCCCAAGAUGAAGAAGCGCGAGGAAAUCCUGGAAGAGAUCGCCAAGGUCACCGAGGGCGUGCUCGACGUGAUCGUCUACGCCAGCGCAGCCGACAAGAUGAAGAACCGCGGUUUCGCUUUUGUGGAGUACGAGAGCCACCGGGCUGCUGCCAUGGCGCGCCGCAAACUCAUGCCUGGCCGCAUCCAGCUAUGGGGACACCAGAUCGCCGUGGACUGGGCCGAGCCUGAGAUCGACGUGGACGAGGACGUGAUGGAGACGGUGAAGAUCCUCUACGUGCGCAACCUGAUGAUCGAGACCACCGAGGACACUAUCAAGAAGAGCUUUGGCCAGUUCAACCCGGGCUGCGUGGAGCGCGUCAAGAAGAUCCGCGACUACGCCUUCGUGCACUUCACCAGCCGCGAGGACGCCGUGCACGCCAUGAACAACCUCAACGGCACCGAGCUGGAGGGCUCGUGUCUCGAGGUGACCUUGGCCAAGCCCGUGGACAAGGAGCAGUACUCUCGCUACCAGAAGGCAGCCAAGGGCGGCGGCGGGGCCGAGGCGGCAACGCAGCAGCCCAGCUACGUGUAUUCCUGUGACCCCUACACGCUGGCCUACUACGGCUACCCCUACAAUGCACUCAUUGGGCCCAACAGGGAGUACUUCGUGAAAGCAGGCAGCAUAAGAGGCCGAGGGCGAGGCGCAGCUGGCAACAGAGCCCCAGGGCCGAGGGGUUCUUACCUCGGGGGAUAUUCUGCUGGCCGUGGUAUCUAUAGCCGAUAUCAUGAAGGGAAAGGAAAGCAGCAAGAAAAAGGAUAUGAGCUUGUACCAAAUUUGGAACUCUCUGCUGUCAAUCCCGUUGCCAUUAAACCUGGUGCAGUGGCCAUCCCUGCCAUUGGGGCCCAGUAUCCCAUGUUUCAGGCCACUACAGCUCCUAAAAUGAUUGAAGAUGGCAAAAUCCACACAAUGGAGCACAUGAUCAGCCCCAUCGCUGUGCAGCCAGACCCAGCCAGUGCCGCCGCCGCUGCUGCUGCCGCCGCUGCUGCUGCCAUCAUUCCCACUGGGUCAACGCCUCCACCUUUCCAGGGUCGCCCAAUAACUCCAGUAUACACGGUGGCUCCAAACAUUCAGAGAAUUCCCACUGCCGGGAUCUACGGUGCCAGUUACGUCCCAUUUGCUGCUGCUCCGGCCACAGCCACGAUCGCCACACUACAGAAGAACACGGCAGCCACCGCUGCUGUCUAUGGAGGAUAUGCAGGCUAUAUACCUCAGGCCUUCCCUGCUGCUGCUAUUCAGGUUCCCAUUCAUGAUGUCUACCAGACAUACUGAGACGGGUGACAAAAGCGAAGACAAGCCACAAAGAUACCACUGAAGGAACGCUUUACUAUUUAUGAAGAAAGACCAUGUUGGAUUACCACACAUACGAAACCUACUGAAAGUGAAGAAUGUUAUCAGAUAUCAUACUGAAAUAUUUUAUAUACAUGAAGUUUUCACUAGUUUUUUUAAGACUAUUUUAAAGUUAGCAACCUGUGUUCAUACAUUUCUGAGAGACUUGCAUGGUGCGUGCCUUAAUACCAUCUCUUAAAAAUUUGUAUACUGUAGUAUGUUUGUAUAGAGGUUUUUGGGUUUUUUUAAGGAUAUAUUUUCAGUAUGAAGGUUAUUUUCUUAACUUCUGCACUCCAGAGAUUUCUAUUUUGUAGUACCUUCAAUAAUAUAUCAACUUUAUAUUAAAAAGCACAGUCAAGCAGCUAGGGAACUGUUUUGAAAAAUAUAUUCAAUAUUUAAAGAUACAAACAAUAGUGCUUUAAAACUACUACAUAAAAAAAGUUAUUUUAAAAGUUAUACUGGAAAGUGCAAUUUUAAAAUGAGUAAAACCUCUGCAUUUCUGCUGGCAUUAAGGGUUGAUGUUGUUACUGUCAUGUGUUAUCCGUGAUGGUUCUGUUUUUUAAAAGAAAUUAAACACACUCAAUCUCUCUUUAAGCCCAGGAUUAAAAAGACUUGUCAGACUUCUGAGUUCAAAAACUGGAAAGCUCUUACCUGCCACCAUUACCCUGGGCCCUGCUCAUCCUCCGUAUGGCUUUGCUCCCCCCUCCCCACAACCCUCAAUCCAACUCUGAUAUUUGGCAAGUCUAGGACAAAUGAAUUACUCUGACAGAGAAGACAGGAAAAAAAAAAAAAAAGAUGGCUUUUAUACUUCUUCCUGGGUUUUUGUUGGGGUUUUUUGAUUUUUGUUUCAUUGUUUGUUGGCUGGGGAGGUAUCAUCUUCUAUGCAUGCUAUUGUCAAUAGCAGAGUAUGUGGAAGCACAAGGUUUGAAUAGUUUGCAUAAGACAUCUUUGCAUAGCUAUUUAAUUGUCUAUGGAAAACUUUAGUUUCCUUUCUAAUGUGUUUAUUUUAUUUUGAAGUAUGAGUUGUAGGGACAGAGAAUGUAUGUUAUUGUAGAGAAGACCCCCCUAAAGACUCUUGCCAGCAGAAAGCUAUGCUUCUAGUUGCCUUAUCAUGUUUCAUGCAAAAUGUCUGUGGUUGUUAGGGGUGUUGGAAACAUUAUGUUUAUUGAGCAGGGCUUUCCUCCGUUGCUGUGCACCUGACAGGUGAGCUGAUUCAGCUGUGCACACCCAGGGGGAGUAGGAGAGUCCUGCAGGAGUUAAAAGAGAGUUUGUAAAUAUCUUCUAAUACGCAGUUUUUAAAGUCGUUUUAUGUCACAGAAGUUGAUGGUAUGUAGUCGAAUGCAAAAAUGAAACCAUUUUAUUUCAAUGUUAUUAAAAAGGUUUGUUUUAUUAGGAAGUAAAUGUAUGUUGCAGUGUUUUGUGGCCUGUUUAAAGGCUUUUGUUUAGCAGAGUGAGUGUAAAAUACAGUAAACUAUUAAGAUUGCCAUCUACUUUAUGAAAUACAUCAUCUUGGAAAUGUUUUUUUAAAGGCUCUAUCAAGGAAGUGAGGUGUGCAAUAGGUAGCAAAUAUACAGUUGUAUUUUUAUGUCAUGUUGGCGAUCCAUCAAAUCUUUCCACUCACUGGAUUUUUGCUGAUAGCUGAAAUUCUUAUUUGUGGAUUAAUAAUAGGAUCAUGCCCUUAGCAAAUAUUUUACUUUUGUUUUAAAAUUUAAAUUAAGAGAUUCCCAAAUGUCCCCCCCCCCUUUUUUUUUCCCCUCUCCUCUUGGGAUGGGAUGAAUUUUUUUAUAUAUAAGCAAUAUUUAUUUAACUAUUCUAUAAAAUGUAUUGCGUGCCUGGUAAGGCCUUUAAACAUUCCUACCAUUUGUUUCCAUCGUUCUUCAAUGACAUAAAGUAAUUGUGCAAUGUUCCUAAUGUGUACCCAGAAGCUGCAUCCAAACUCAAAUCUGUUGGAAUGAGUAAUCCAACAAAAUGCAAUUUGGAUCAGAUCCUCAUCCCUUGACUUUGUGUGAAAGAAGUACCCUCCUUCCAGUGAGGGAUUAUCACAGAGUUCACUAGAUGAGAAUCGGACCCAGCGUUCUUACUGUAUUUUACAUGUGCUUAUAAAUCAUUUGCAGGAAAAAAAAAAAAUGGUAUCUUAACAUGGCAACUACCAAACUACCUUAAAAACAAAUGUUGGUGAUGUCGCCAGUUAAGUAUCAGUGAGCCUCCUGUCUGUGGUCUGUCUGUACCUGUUGUUUCAAAACCAUUUCAUGUACACUACUGAGGUAAGUUUAUAACUUGAAAUGUGAACUCUUUUUUUUUUUUUUUUAGGGUUAA